CCCGGGGCAGUGACCCCAGAGGCUCCUAGUGGGGGCAGACGCGGCGAGGAAACUAGAAAUGGGUCCUGAGAUAGAACGCUGGAGCCGAACAGAACGCCUGAGGUGACGUUUAAGCCGAAACUGGAAGGAAUGAGGUGGAGCGGUCAUAAUGACGCUAAGACCCAUAGAUAGAGCUCCGCUGAGGAUCCCCUGACCUUUGCUCUUGGCUGUGACUCCCUUCUCCACUUGCAAUUGCCUGUUCAGAGCCCUUGGUGAUCAACUGGAGGGACACUCGAGGAAUCAUCUGAAGCACAGACAGGAGACAGUGGACUACAUGAUAAAGCAGCGGGAAGAUUUUGAGCCUUUUGUAGAAGAUGAUGUUCCUUUUGAGAAGCAUGGUAGGUUCACCGUGGGACACUGGAUCCUUCAGGAGUAAUGCAUUGGUGGCCAGUUUGGCAAAGUCUGGUACUUUUGCUGGUAAUGAUGCAAUUGUAGCAUUUGCAAGAAACCAUCAGUUGAAUGUGGUGAUUCAUCAGCUUAAUGCCCCUUUGUGGCAGAUUCGAGGUACUGACAAAAGUAGUGUGCGGGAGCUGCACAUCGCCUACCGGUACGGAGAGCACUAUGACAGCGUUCGGAGGAUCAACGACAACUCAGAAGCACCUGCGCAUCUGCAGACUGAUUUUCAGAUACUUCAUCAAGAUGAAUCAAAUAAAAGAGAAAAAAUAAAGACAAAAGGAGUUGACUUAGAAGAUAACCUGAAAGAUGAAGUAGAAGAUGCUGUCCAGAAAGUUUGUAAUGCAACUGGAUGUUCAGAUUUUGAUUUAAUAGUCCAGAACUUGGAAGCUGAAAAUUAUAAUAUUGAAUCUGCAAUAAUGGCAAUGCUUCAGAUGAACCUGGGGAAGAGAAACAACACAGAGGAGAAUCCUGAGCCCAAUGGCCGAGCUCUCAAGCAGUGUGACCCUUUAUGGGAGGAGGGUGGCACCGGCAUCAGAAUCUUUGGAAAUCAGAAUUUAAACGGAGGCAAGACCGAAAACAGUAAGGCACGGGCCAGCCCUAGUGAAGAAAACAGAACCCAUAACCAGCUCCCAAAGGUCUCAAACAAGCACAGGAGGGAGCAGCAGCGGCUGGAGAAGAAGAAACGACAAGAAGAAAGGCAUCGUCUCAAAGCCUUGGAGAGCAGGAGCAGCCACAGGGACAACAACAGAAGUGAGGCAGAUGUGAACGCACAAGUCACCUUGGUGAAGACCUUUGCUGCUCUGAACAUCUGACUCGGGCCUCCUGGGAACUGUGAGAAGCAGAGGGAAGACGGAGUACGGCAAGCCAGGCUUUCCAGUGAGGCCAUUCUUUGACAAAGUGAAACAUAACCGACAAAACCCACACAGAAAGAAAUUCACACUGAAUUAGUUUCCUUCAAGCUUCCUCUUUUUUGUAGAAUUUUGUCAGUGCUGUGUUUUUGUUUCAUGAAAAUGCAGUGAAGCCAUUCAUAUUCUGUAAUACCAACUUAAAAUACUGAGUUUUAGGGGUAGAUAGGUGAGGAAAACCUUUUUAAGUGUGGCUUUAUUUGCCCUCGAAAUCAGAGUUCAUUGACCAUGGGAUCUUCCCUUAACUCAUGGGGUGAGUUUUGCUGUAAUUGUUCAUGAAGUAGUUUAGAGUAAUUAUUAGAAAUUCAGAAUGUUAAAUUAGUUUCUCUUUCAGACAGAUAUCAACAUACAUAGGGUGGCUUAUAAAUGGUUUUUAUCUCAGGAAAAUAAUUAGAUUUAAUUUCAUUCUUAUCCAGGUUACUCAGAAAUUAAUUCAGAUAGUGUUUUCCCAAAGUAAUGCAAUAUCAGGGGUGGCCUGCAGCUGUCUGGGUAGAAAUUAAAGAACUGUGUCUCUCUCCUUCCUGACUGAUGUCAUUUCAGAUGGUUUCAUUGGAACUCAAGCCAUAGGAUGAGUGCGUCUGACUGUCAGGGAGGCCUGGACUCUGCUAAGAAGUUGGCAGUGGUAUUGUUUUGGGUAUUGUCUCCCAAACAACUAAUGUAGCACUACUUGUGAGGCAGUUCUGGGAUUCUGAUUAUCUGUGGAGUAGAGUUUGUGGUUGUAAAGUCGGGACUCCUGAGUUUCUGCCUAGCCAGAGCCUAAAAAUUACUCGUUUUUAUAGGAGGGGAAGUCUAGAAGGGUAUCUGAAGUGUUUUUGUGUGUUCUCAAUUUAAGUAAUGGUGUAUUCUUCCCGUUUAUUCUAGACUUCAGAGAAGUAAAAGGUUACUUGACCAUUUAGGUCGCUACAUUUUCUUAGUGUUGUAGAAAUGAAGUCCCUAGAAGUUGACAUUUAUUUAUUUUUAUUUAAGCCCCUCUGGGGAUUUUGAUGUCAGGAAAACUCCAGCUUUGCCUGAGGCUGGCGAUGACUUAGGUUAGACCACCAGGGAAGGGGCCUCCCUUGGUUAAGGCCCGCAGUUGACUCCACAGUUCUGAAAGAGAUUGAGGCAGUACACAGAUCACAUUCCCGAAAUGGAGUGGGGUGGAUGUGAACUUUAAAAUUGUCACAUGUGAGGUAGCCAGUCCUAGACAGGGUUCUUUGCCUUCUGGGAACCUAGUAUUUGGGUAGAUAAUGUAUCCUAACUCAAAAGGUAAAUGGUUUGUUAUCUCCUUUACCCCUAGAUUUCAAAAUUGUAAGAGUGGAGGCGAAGGGAAAUAUGCAGAGUUCGGUAUGUGUGGGUUAUGUCAUUAUCUGUGCAGGCUCUGGAUCUAUCGCACUGUUACUGUCAGCAUCCUGUUUGCUUUCUUCAGUUUUAAUGACAUCUUUCAUUACUUUGUUUUACUUUGGGACUGUGUGGUUGGAGCAUUAGAAGUCUGUUGGAAUUGCUCCCAGGACGUUGUAACGUGGGCUUUUUCCUGGUGACAGUGAACCACAGUAUUUCACAGAUUUUAAAACUGCACAGCAUUUUUUCUCUGUACGUUGCUGAGUACCACCUUCGAGACUCUGGGACUCAGUCCAAACAAAGGAAGGCACUCUGUUACCCUCCUCUAGGGGUGUGGAUCGGGUGCUUGAGGAUCGAGUCUUCUCCCUUUCACCUCUAGGCAGGUUCCUGGCUGGCUGAGCCUCUCCGAGCGAACAGCUUUCUUACCUCCUUUGUACUGCUUAAGUGCAGAAGACCAGUUCCUCUCAGAAAGAUCAAGACUGUGUACCAGAAACUCAGAAUUCAAAGUAGAAAUAGUGUACAGGAGGCCCAUUGUCAACAGUAGUAGAAUUGCUUUAUUAACUUGGUUAAUGAAGUAGCCUUGGGCCUACUGGGCUUUUGAAGUUUUUAGAAGCUGCUAAAGUCACUAGACAAUAUGGGGAACAUUUAUUUAUAAAUUACCUACUUCUGAUAAUAGGCUUUAUCAUUUCUGGGGUAUAGCGACAGUGGUUUUAAAAAACGAAUCCAAUGGUUUUAGCAAUCUUUUAUUACCAUUUCACAGCUUUCAGUUGUUUUGUGUUUAGUGUGUUAAUUAUUAGAAGUGGGUACAAGCAUCCACCUUCCUUGCUACCUUCUCAGUAAGCGUCUGAAUUUAGACUUCGUUGCCGUAAUCUCACUGAAAUGAGAGACAGGGAACCUGGAGGCCUGGCUGCCUCAGCACGCGAUCGCUUCUUCGGCAGCCACAUUGGAGGCCCUGCAUGGUUGGUUUUUGGGUGACGACGGUUUUUAGCUGAUUGUUACUUGCGUGGGUCUCUAUGGGGACUGAAUGCAGCAGCUUCCAGGGUCACAUCUUGGCUAGAAAGGGUUAAUUCAGGGCGAGAUUGUCUUGGUGGCCUGCAUUAGAGCCCGGAGAAAGAGGGGCAGCAGUGGUGUAUAGCUGCUCACUGGCCUUACCAACUACAUACAAAGGUUUUGUGGAUUUUAAGAAAGCCUUUUUUUAAAAGG